UACAAAGCAUGGUUGCUGGGGACGAACAAAGGUCAUUAUCAGCAUCCGUCAGGCUUUGCCCCAACAGCGUUUAUCUCGUAAGAAUGGCAAAUAAUGAUAAAUCAUCUCGUGGCUGGAAGAAAUUGGGAGAAUGUCAAAAAUCGAUGAAAACGGUAGAAAUAAGAAAACAACAAGAUACGGGUGAAAAGAAGAAAUACCCCGAAGGCACCUGCUUGCCCGAAGAUUCUGUUGCAACGACGACACUUUGCGGAGAUAUUGUAGCAGACAGCUACAACAUCGCUACACGGCAAAGCUUUGGUGGAAAAAGAACUGGACAUCAAUUCCAAGGUCAGGAACGAACUGUGGAGGAGAGUAGCGAGAGCGACGAGGAACAGAGUAAAAUAUCGAUUAAACCCGAGGAUGACAAAAACUUCGUUCAGCUUGAAAAUUGUGAUCUCCAUAAUAUUUGUCAGGAUCAAACACAUAGACAUGAAGCUGUCAUGACUGCCCACCCGAAUGAUUUUCUUGGAGACGCUGGAACAUCUUUCAUUGUUCAGAAUCAACUAUGGACCAGAGAACCGACUUAUGGGCAGAAAAAUUCCUAUGUUGAACGAUAUGCGAUUCCGAGCCAAGGAAGUCCAACUUACAUACAACAACCUGGAAUGAUGAUCGCAAAUGCCAAACCAAUGCAAGUACACGGAAUGAGGCCUCAACAGCACGACCCAAUGCAACAGAAUCCAAACAACAUGGCGUUGGGAAUGGGAUACAUUCGAUGUGUCGAUCAGAACACUUAUAUCAGGCAGAUGCCUUCAGGUGGUCUGAUUGGUCCGUUUGAAACACACGAUGUCAGUGGAAUGCAGAACAUGCAAGGGUUCAGAAUAGCAUCAUCAGAUCAGGGAUGUUCUAUUCCUCAGGAAGUUAGACCGUUUGAAGCGGCUCACCCGAUUAUAAUUGAAGAUGGGGAAGAAGGUCUUGAUUGUGAGGAGGAGGACGAGGAAGAUGAAGGAGAAACUACGAAGAAAAAGAGAAAGCGAACAAAGAAAGUUAAGAAGCCAAAAAUAAAGAGACCAAUGAAUGCUUUCAUGGUUUGGGCUAAAAGAAAUAGACCAAUUUUAUCAAAAACAUACCCAGGAAUGACAAAUGCUGAUAUAAGUGUGAUGCUGGGUGAAAGAUGGUCGAGUAUGAGACCAGAAGAAAAGCAACCAUAUUAUGAUGAAGCAGAUAAAAUUAAGCAUCAACACAAAAAGGACUUCCCAGAUUGGGUUUAUCAGCCCAAGCCAAAGCGUCGUAGAUUCGCAAACGCAUCAGACGGAAAAUCGUUUUUCUUCGAAGUGACUAAAAACCCACAAGGAACAUACGUAACUCGACACAUCAACGAUCUUGUUCUUCAACAAUUGCCUCAACAACAAAUGCAAACUUCUACUUCAUCGAAACCUGGCCCAUCAAAAUCAAUCCCAGUUAUGCAAGGCAGUCCAGGUGCUAUUCAGUAUGUUAGAGCACCAGCGGCCAUGAUGCAUGGAAAUGAAAAUGCACCGAUAGCUUUCAGCUCAGCAAAUAUUCUGCAACCAAUGGUUCGAUUUCCUUCAAAUAUGAUGCAAAGUGGAGUAUUGCUUGCACAACCAUCAUCUGUACAACAAUACCAAACACAGGUAUCUGUCCCAACAUCUUCAAUGCAUCAACAGCAGCAUCAAAUGGCGAAUUAUUCCCACCUUCCAGCCGGAAGCAUCGUCAUCCCACAACAGCAUUUGGUUACGUCCAGUCAACCGUUUGUUAUUGAGACUAAAUGUGAGGAACAAGAACAACUGCAGAUGCCACAACAACAGAAUGUUAAUGAUGGAAAUAUGAUGAAAUUGCCAAUGCAAGUCAGGAACGCCAAGUCUAUGAAAAUGAAAGACGGACUACUAAAUCAAAAUGCUCCUGGAAAUGCAAGACAAAAACAAACUGGACAAUAACUUCCUCCAGACAUUUGAUUCACAAUCAACUCGGUGGGGUUGAAAAUUGACUCCGUGCACAGCUCAAAUGAAACUCGAUAUUGGUGUCCCGGUCAGUGAAUUACAUGCUGAUGGUUUGUUUACAAUUUGCUUUCGUGUUAAGCUGACUAUUUUCGUUAUUGAUUUGAUGUACUUGUGUCGUGAUGUACAAAAUUGCAUUUGUUUUGUUACGCCAUGGAAUAAUUUCAUUUUUGAUUGUUUUGUGACUUUGUUUCGUUUACUUCGUUUUUAUUGGAAAUAAAUUUCAAAUCGUUGAA